CGUCAUUUCGCCCAAGUUACCUAAUACAUGUCAUUCCACCCCAGAUGCUGCGACUGGAGGCAUUCGUUUUUUUCCCGUGUCUUUUUUUGAGGUGCCACAGGUUGUAACUCGCGAGAUUAAUUCAUGUACAUAUUUGAUGUAUUGGUGGCUAUACAGAGUUCCGUUAUUUAUUUCUAAACCGAGGUACACACUCACCCUCUCUUUUUCUCUCCCUAAUCCCGCUAGGAUCGCCGUUGCAUACAUAUUAUAGUAUACAAUUACACACCCUUAAUCAUUAUAAUCAUGUCCAUUGGCAUCGCACGUCAAGACGGCGAGCAUGGCAUAUGAAUCCCCUUCCUCCUCCUCCUCUAAACCUAAGGUGACCUUCCUUACUGGUAGGCGCCAUCACAAUUAUGGCUUCCCUCCUGAAGCUUUCGAUUACACGAGACUACCUGACGUCGAUCGCGAAUUUCUCCCACCCGAACACCUCGCCGCUUUCGCUGCCGCCCUGAACGCUCCCGAACCAGCAAAUGGCGUAACAGAUGAUACCGCGUCGUUGAAAAGCCCUAUUACAAGAAGCUCGGGUAGUCUGGAGCUAACACGGUCCGGUUCAGUAGCAUCUGUCGAUACUACGGCCCCCUUUCCCGAGGGCGCCACGACCCAGAAUGGCUCCCAGAGCGGCAUGUUCAUCACGGCGCAGAACGACUGGGCUCCGGUGAACGAAAAAGUAUCUAAACACGGUCGCAGAAAGAAGAGGAAAAAGACCACGCUAGGCCGUCGCACCGUAGACGAGACUCGGGAAGGUUACCUAUAUGGGCUGCUAAAAUGGCCGCUCCUCUUCUUCGUGGGUAUGUGGAUUAUAGGACUAGCCGCAUCGUAUCUAUGGACGCGGUUCUACAUCUUCGUAUACGAAUACUUCAUCGCCUGGAGAGGGAAACGGGAAAAGCUGCGCCAGAACAUGAGAGCUGCUAGCAGUUACCAGGAAUGGGUCAAGGCGGCCAAAGAGCUGGAUUCGUUCCUAGGAAAUUCGCAAUGGAAGGAAGAAAACGAGUUCGCGUACUACGACUCCAAGACGGUCCGGCGCGUCUGGGAGCAACUCCGCAAACAUCGGAAAGCUGCCGAGGCGCAGGAAGCAAAACUGGCGGGUGCGCCUGGGUAUGAAAAGGGGGAUGUAUCUGGGAAGGGUGAACAUCGCAAAACGGUCGAAGAGCUGAAGGCUUUGACGGAAGCCUGCGUGAAGAAUAACUUUGUCGGAGUAGAGAAUCCCAGGCUUUACAGCCAGACAUAUUACGGGACUAAAAACUUGGUUCAAAAUUUCGUAGAUGAAGUGGAGAAGAGCGUACGCUUCCUGGUCCAUACCAAACAGCUAUCGUUGGAAGAAAAGCGGGCAAUAUUCAAACGAAUGCACGCAAACUUCGGACGCACUGCGUUAUGUCUGUCUGGCGGUGCCUCUUUCGCAUACUACCACUUCGGCGUUGUCAAAGCGCUGCUCGACGCAGACUUACUACCAGACGUCAUUACAGGCACGAGCGGCGGCGCUUUAGUAGCAUCUCUCGUAGCGACACGGACUAACGACGAGUUGAAACAGCUGUUAGUGCCCGCGCUGGCGCAUAAGAUCAAAGCUUGCUCCGAGCCGAUCAGCACCUGGUUCCCGCGAUGGUGGAAGACGGGUGCGCGAUUCGAUUCCGUCGAAUGGGCGCGCCAGAGUAGUUGGUGGUCCCGCGGGUCGACGACGUUUAGGGAGGCGUACCAGCGCACGGGAAGGAUACUCAAUGUUAGUUGCAUUCCCGCCGAUCCACACUCGCCGACCAUCCUCUGCAACUACCUCACGUCGCCCGACUGCGUCAUCUGGUCUGCCGUCUUAGCAUCUGCCGCCGUUCCCGGGAUCCAGAAUCCUGUAGUUCUCAUGAUGAAGAACCCAGAUGGCUCGCUGGUACCGUAUUCGUUUGGUCACAAGUGGAAAGACGGCAGUUUGCGGACGGAUAUACCUAUUAAGGCACUUAAUCUACACUUCAACGUCAAUUUCACCAUCGUCAGCCAAGUCAACCCGCACAUAUCCCUAUUCUUCUUCUCGUCCAGAGGCACAGUCGGGUCCCCCGUAACCCACCGCAAGGGCCGCGGCUGGCGUGGCGGAUACCUAGGCUCCGCAACAGAACAGUACGUAAAACUAGACCUAGCAAAAUGGCUCAAGGUCCUUAAACAUCUGGAACUCCUCCCACGGCCCCUCGGCCAGGACUGGUCGCAAGUCUGGCUACAACAAUUCAGCGGGACCAUUACGCUCUGGCCACGGACACAUGCCAGCGACUUCCUGCACAUACUAUCGGACCCCGACAUGGAUAGGCUAGCGCGCAUGCUGCACGAGGGCCAGCAGAGCGCGUUCCCGAAGCUCAAGUUCAUCGGGAAUAGGUUGAAAGUCGAGCGGCUGAUUGAGCAGGGCAGACGGGAGACGCUGGCAGGGGUCAGGAGAGGCAGUAUUGAGAGUAUCAUCGACGAGGAGGAUUUAAGGGGGUUACUGAAAGGGGGCGGUGGGACUACAGAUGAUGAGACGACCGAGGGGACGGAGGAUGUAGAUGAGGAAGCUGUUGAAGACGGGGAUGCAGAGGUUAGAUUUGAAAGUGCGGAGAAGGGUGUAAAGACGGAUUAGAAGAUGAUGCUGUGAACCGUGGUUCUGUAUUUUAUAAUUUGUUUCUCUCGGUCAAGCGUGAGGUGCAUAGUGUAGGUAGGGUAUGUAUACAUAGGUAGGAGUUGGUCGAUGAUUCCCCGUGCCUUGGCCGAAGAAGUAGAAGGGAGAGUGGCCAGGUAGGUACCUAAUUAGCAUUAUUUAGAUUUAGCUGGGGUUCUCUAUCGGAUCUAGGUUAGGGACUUGAAAUCAUGGGAAAUAUAAGAAGUUCAAAUAUAAUGAGUUCUCUGUAA